UUGCUAGGCGGUCUUUGGAGCACUCUCCUAAGCAAACAAAAACUGCCUGCUUUUUCUUAAUCUUCUUCACCACUUUUCAAAAAUCCUCAUCUUUUUAACCCUCAGAAUUCUAUCAAUUUUCGGAUCUUAGGGUUUAAGCUUUACUUUCACCCAUCUUUACUCAUAGUAUUUCAAAACGAUGAAUUACUUUUGCUGCUGAAAUUACUCAACUCAAUACAGAUUUAAUUUCAAAGUAGGAGAUGUCGCGGGCCGAGGACUUAUGGGAAAGGUUAGUUAGGGCGGCUUUGAGGAGUGCCAGAGGUCUUACUGAUGCUCAUGGGAGACACACCACUGGGAUUGCUGGCAAUGUACCUUCUUCUCUUGCUAAUAGUAAGAUUAUAGAUGAUAUACUCAGAACUGCGGAUGAAAUUCAAGAUGAAGAUCCUACUGUUGCUCGAAUACUUUGUGAGCAUGCUUACUUAAUGGCUCAAAGGCUGGACCCUAAUAGUGAAGGAAGAGGCGUCCUGCAAUUCAAGACUGGCUUAAUGUCUGUUAUCAAGCAAAAAUUAGCCAAAAGAGAAGUUGGAAGUAUAGAUAGAAGUCGAGAUAUUGCUUAUCUGCAGGAAUUCUACAAGACAUACAGGCGAAAGCAAAAUGUGGAUCAACUAUUGGCAGAUGAAAUGAAACUUCGAGAAUCCGAAGCUUUUAGUGGAAAUCUUGGAGAGUUGGAAAGGAAAACUAAAAAAAGGAAAAGAAUUUUUGCUACUCUCAAAGUCCUGGGAGAAGUACUUGAACAAAUGACACAAGAGGUUUCACCUGCAGAUGCUGAAACAUUGAUUCCGGCAGAGCUUAAGCAAGUUAUGGAGUUAGAUGCAGCUAUGACUGAGGAUCUUAUUGCUUACAACAUUAUUCCCAUGGAUACCACAAACAUAACAAAUAGGAUAGUAACUUUUCCAGAGGUGAGAGCAGCUGUGUCUGCAUUGAAGGACGUUGGAGGUCUACCAGCAUUGCCAACAGAUUUUGUUUCUCCAGUUAGGGGCCCUGAUAUGGUUGAUUUUCUGCAAUUUGUUUUUGGGUUUCAGCCAGACAAUAUUUCCAAUCAGCGGGAGCAUAUAAUUCAUCUACUUGCAAAUGAGCAAUCUCGGCUUCGAAUCCCUGAAGGAAGUGAGGUGAAAUUGGACGAGGCUGCUGUGCAGAGUGUAUUUUUUAAAUCACUAGAGAAUUAUAUUAAAUGGUGUAACUACUUGGUUCUGCUGCCAGUAUGGAGCAAUUUGGAGUCUCUUAGCAAGGAAAAGAAGUUGUUGUUCGUAUCAUUGUAUUACCUUAUUUGGGGUGAAGCCGCAAACAUUCGGUUUUUACCAGAGUGCUUAUGCUACAUAUUCCACCAUAUGGCCAGAGAAAUGGAUGAGAUUCUGAGGCAGCAAGUUUUGAAGCAAGCUGAUAGUUGCAAGACGGAUGACGGUGUCUCAUUUCUGGAAAGGGUGAUCUGUCCUUUAUAUGAUGUUGUUGCUGCGGAGGCAGCUAACAAUGAUAAUGGACGAGCUCCUCAUUCUAAGUGGAGAAAUUAUGAUGACUUCAAUGAAUAUUUUUGGUCACUACAUUGCUUUGAGCUUAGCUGGCCUUGGCGUUUAAGUUCAGCAUUCUUUUUGAAGCCCGAGCCCAAGUCUAAAAAUCUACUGAUGUCUGGCGGAGGAAAGCGGCAGGGGAAAACUUCCUUUGUUGAGCAUCGUACUUUCUGGCAUCUGUACCAUAGCUUCCAUCGCCUCUGGAUAUUUCUUUUCUUGACGUUUCAGGCUAUGACCAUUAUUGCCUUUAAUGAUGGGAACUUUGAUUCCGGAACCAUUAAACAAGUUCUUAGUCUUGGGCCAACAUUUGUUGUAAUGAAGUUAAUUGAGAGUAUUUUGGACAUUCUCAUGAUGUUUGGAGCAUACUCAACAACUCGUCACUCUGCUGUUUCUAGAGUAUUUCUUCGCUUUGUUUGGUUUGCUUGUGCAUCAGCUGUCAUAACGUUCCUUUAUGUGAAAUCUAUUCAAGGGGACGAAACUAUCUACAGAAUCUAUGUCAUUGUAAUUGGCAUAUAUGCUGGUUUCCAGUUCUUCAUCAGUUUGCUCAUGAGGAUACCAGCCUGUCACCGGCUUACUGAUCAAUGUGAUCGUUGGUCAGUUAUUCGCUUCCUUAAAUGGAUGCGUCAGGAACGACACUAUGUUGGUCGCGGAAUGUAUGAGAGGACAUCUGACUUUGCGAAGUAUAUGUUUUUCUGGCUUAUUGUGUUGGCUGGAAAAUUUGCAUUUGGAUAUUUUCUUCAGGUCCGCCCCUUGGUUAAACCCACAAGGACUAUUGUGGAUAUGAACAAUAUAAGAUACUCAUGGCAUGACUUUGUGUCACGAAACAAUCAUAAUGCUCUGACGGUUCUUAGCUUGUGGGCGCCUGUAUUCUGUAUAUAUCUGUUGGACAUCCAUGUGUUCUAUACCAUAAUAUCUGCCAUCUGGGGAUUUUUGCUAGGGGCAAGAGAUCGGCUUGGGGAAAUUCGAUCAUUGGAUGCUCUUCACCAUCUGUUUGAGCAAUUUCCACGAGCAUUUAUGGAGAAACUAUAUAUACAACCUUUCAAAAGGGUUCCAGAGUAUGAGGUUGGUCAGGUUAUUGAAACAUGCAAGGAUGAUGCUGCUAAUUUUUCACCCUUCUGGAAUGAAAUUGUAAGGAAUCUGCGAGAGGAAGAUUACAUAUCAGACUUGGAAAUGGAGUUGCUUCUCAUGCCUAAAAAUAGUGGCAAUCUGCCCUUGAUUCAGUGGCCUCUCUUCCUUCUUGCCAGCAAGAUAUUUCUAGCGCAAGAUAUUGCAAAAGAAAGUAGAGAUUCCCAAGAGGAGCUUUGGGAAAGAAUCUCCAGAGAUGAAUAUAUGAAGUAUGCUGUUGUGGAGUCCUAUCACUUAAUAAAGCUUAUUUUGAUGGAAAUCUUGGAGGAGGAUGGAAGGAAAUGGGUGGAGAGAGUUUAUGAAGAUAUUGAUGAAUGUAUAGCAAAGAAGUCCAUUCACCUUGAUUUUGAUCUGAGUAAGAUGGGUCAGGUUAUUCAGAAAGUCUUCGUGCUGAUGGGAAUACUGAAAGGUUCUGGGACAGAUCUCGAGAAGGCUCGUGAUAAGGCAGCUCGUGACAAAGCAGAGAGGAGUGCUGUUAAAGCUAUUCAGGAUCUCUAUGAUGUCAUACGUUAUGACGUUCUUGCUGUGAACAUGAGGGGGCAUAUGCAGACCUGGAAUUUGCUGAAAAAAGCAAGGGCAGAAGGUAGUCUUUUUUCAAAGUUGAAGUGGCCUGAAAACCCUGAACUGAAGGCCCAAAUUAAAAGAUUGUAUUCACUUAUAACAAUCAAGGAUUCUGCAUCAAGCAUACCAAAGAAUCUUGAGGCACGGAGAAGGCUUCAAUUCUUUACGAAUUCUCUUUUCAUGGACAUGCCUCUAGCUAAGUCUGUGCGUGAGAUGAUGUCUUUCAGCGUAUUCACUCCUUACUAUUCAGAAACAGUAUUGUAUAGUAUGGAUGAAUUGCGCAAGAAAAAUGAGGAUGGCAUAUCUAUUUUAUUUUACCUCCAGAAAAUAUAUCCAGAUGAAUGGAGGAAUUUUCUGGCUCGCAUUGGGCGUCAUGAGAAUGCACAGGAAACUGACCUUUUUAGUGAUCCCAAUGAUGUUGAGGAGCUUCGGUUUUGGGCAUCCUACCGUGGACAAACAUUAGCUAGAACUGUUCGUGGAAUGAUGUACUAUCGAAAAGCCCUCAUGCUUCAGACCUACUUAGAGAGAAUUGCCUGUGGGGAUCUGGAGGCUCCCAUUUCCGGCCCUGAUGCCCUAGAUGUCCAGGGCUUUGAGCUAUCACCAGAUUCCCGUGCUCAGGCAGAUUUGAAGUUCACAUAUGUAGUUACAUGCCAAAUAUAUGGAAAACAGAAAGAAGAGGGGAAACCUGAGGCUGCAGAUAUAUCUUUACUCAUGCAAAGAAAUGAAGCUCUUCGAGUUGCUUUUAUUGAUGUUGUGGAAACUAUGAAGGAUGGGAAAGUGCAGACUGAGUACUACUCUAAACUUGUGAAGGGUGACAUCAAUGGACUGGAUAAGGAAAUCUACUCUGUCAAGUUGCCGGGUAAUCCAAAGCUUGGUGAAGGAAAGCCUGAGAAUCAAAACCAUGCUGUUAUAUUUACUCGUGGGCAAGCAGUGCAGACUAUUGACAUGAAUCAGGAUAAUUAUUUUGAAGAGGCUUUAAAGAUGAGAAAUCUACUUGAAGAAUUCAAUCAUGAUCAUGGGAUUCGUCCCCCAACAAUUCUUGGCGUUAGAGAACAUGUAUUUACUGGAAGUGUUUCUUCUUUGGCUUCAUUCAUGUCCAAUCAAGAAUCUAGUUUUGUAACUCUUGGACAGCGUGUUCUUGCCAAUCCACUGAAGGUCCGCAUGCAUUAUGGACAUCCCGAUGUUUUUGAUCGAGUUUUUCAUAUAACACGUGGUGGUAUAAGCAAGGCCUCUCGUGUUAUAAACAUUAGUGAAGAUAUUUUUUCAGGAUUCAACUCAACGUUGAGGCAGGGGAACGUCACGCAUCAUGAGUACAUUCAGGUUGGUAAAGGACGGGAUGUUGGGCUCAACCAGAUUGCUUUAUUUGAAGGAAAAGUUGCAGGUGGGAACGGUGAACAAGUUCUUAGUAGAGAUGUUUACCGGCUUGGGCAGCUUUUUGAUUUCUUCAGAAUGAUGUCAUUUUAUUUCACAACUGUUGGAUAUUACUUUUGUACAAUGUUGACGGUGCUGACUGUGUAUAUUUUCCUGUAUGGGAAGACAUAUCUGGCAUUGUCAGGAGUUGGUGAGACUAUACAAGAUCGUGCUCGUAUUAGUCAAAAUACUGCACUAGGUGCAGCCCUAAAUACCCAGUUUCUUAUUCAGAUUGGAGUCUUUACUGCUAUCCCAAUGAUUCUGGGUUUCAUCCUUGAACAAGGGUUUUUCAGAGCAAUCGUGAGUUUUAUCACAAUGCAGUUUCAACUUUGCACCGUCUUUUUCACAUUUUCGUUGGGAACGAGAACACAUUAUUUUGGUCGGACGAUUCUCCAUGGUGGUGCGAGGUAUCAAGCAACUGGGAGGGGUUUUGUUGUUCGCCACAUCAAGUUUAGUGAAAACUACAGGCUGUACUCUCGGAGUCAUUUUGUUAAAGGGCUCGAGGUUGUGCUUUUGUUGAUAGUAUUUCUUGCAUAUGGUUAUAAUGAUGGUGGUGCGGUAGGCUACAUUCUUCUCUCUAUCAGCAGUUGGUUUAUGGCCCUUUCCUGGCUUUUUGCUCCGUAUUUGUUCAAUCCAUCUGGAUUCGAGUGGCAAAAGACUGUGGAGGACUUCAGGGAUUGGACAAACUGGCUUCUUUAUAGAGGUGGAAUUGGAGUGAAGGGAGAGGAAAGCUGGGAAGCUUGGUGGGAAGAGGAAUUGGGGCAUAUUCGGACCCUGGGAGGGAGGAUAGUUGAGACAAUAUUAAGCCUAAGAUUUGUCAUAUUCCAAUACGGCAUUGUCUAUAAACUACAAAUACAAGGGUCAAACACUUCAUUUGCGAUUUAUGGCUUUUCAUGGGCAGUUCUGGCUGGUCUUAUCAUUCUUUUCAAGGUUUUCACUUUCAGCCAAAAGGCAUCAGUCAACUUUCAGUUGCUGUUGCGUUUUGUUCAAGGGCUUACAUUCUUGAUGGCCUUAGCUGGUAUAGCUGUGGCCGUUGUACUCACUGAUUUAUCUGUUGCAGACAUAUUUGCUUGUAUCUUAGCCUUUAUUCCAACUGGUUGGAUGAUUCUUUCAAUUGCAAUAGCUUGGAAACCAUAUGUCAAAAAGUUGGGGCUGUGGAAGUCCAUCCGAUCUCUUGCACGUCUCUAUGAUGCUGGGAUGGGCAUGCUUGUAUUCAUCCCUAUUGCAUUCUUCUCUUGGUUUCCUUUUAUGUCAACAUUCCAAACAAGGCUCAUGUUCAACCAGGCGUUCAGCCGAGGUUUGGAAAUAUCUCUCAUCCUUGCCGGAAACAACCCUAACACUGGAAUAUGAUACACUGGAAUAUGAUUUUCGGUCGUUGCAGUUUUUGUAUAUUGAAGGAUUUUACUGUUUAGAGUAGAGCUUUGUGUGUUUUCCAUCUCCUGUUUGGGAGUUUUGGUGAUUUUGUCUUGAUCAAUUGAGCAGGCUGUAUUUUGUUAGGAAUGUUUUAUUUUAAUAUAUUUCUCCAAUUCUAUUGCA